AUGUUAAUAACAUUUGUAGUAGAUACAAGUGGCUCUAUGUCACAAAAAACUACUAAUGGUAUGACAUUGUUAGAUUGUUGUAAAGCAGCAAUUGAACAUUUUAUAAAAAUUAGAUCAAAAGAUGCAUCGAUGAGAAAUGAUAGAUUCUUUUUAAUCACAUCAGAAGAGAAUAGUUUAACAGCAGUAAAGAUUGGAUGGAAAGAUAAUUUCAAUACAUUUAUUCAAGAGGUUAAGAAUUUAGUGUGCAAAGAUAUGUCAAAUUUAGGGUUCUCCUUACAAAAAGCGUUUGACAAUUUAAAUUUAUUUCGAAUUCAAUCAUCAAUCGAUAACUAUGGUCAAGGUAGAAAUCCUUGGUUUAUAGAGCCUGCUAUUAUUGUAUUACUUACCGAUGGUAGCUCAUUAACAAAUAAUAUGAGUAUAGUUGAAAAUUUUACAUUACCAAAAAAUGUAUUAAACAAUGAUCCAACUAUUGAGCCCUUUAGAUGGGAUCAAAGAUUGUUUUCAAUUGUAUUAAAGUUUAAUGGUAUAUCAAGUAAUAAACAAACAUCAUUACCAUCAGAACCUGCUAUAGCACCAAUGUGCGAUGUUACAGGUGGAAUGUCAAGUUGCUACAAUUUCGAGCCAUUACCUUUACAACAACAACAAAAAAAUGGAACUUUACCAAAUGCACUACAUAAAAUGUUAUAUGUUAGAGGCCAAGGUGGUUUUUGGCCAAUACCAGAAAAUUAUUAUCCAGACUUAACAUCACUUUCACUACCAGCACGUACUGCUCACCCAAUUAUACGUUAUAGUAUUCUAGAAUGUGAUACCCAUAUUCCUGAAAAUUUUCCAUUUGACAAAUAUGAAUUGGAGCCUUGUUCUGUCACACAGUACCUUUUAACAAAUAAAAUUCAAUGUGUUCAUGUUUAUAUGUCAAAUAGUCAACAGGCGUCAGGUCAGGGUGAACCAUUUGGGUGUCUUCGUUUAAAUUCUGCAGGUAAUAGUUAUAAUCUUUUUAUAUUUCCCUAUAAUUAUCCAAGAUUAUGGGCAUUAUUGGAUGAUUUUAGUCAAUUUAAAACAGCACCACCAGCUAAAUGGAGACAAGAGUUUGAAAGUUAUUUAUUAUCCAUACCACCAUACUAUAUACACCCACUAAGAAAUGCAUUAAAAAGAUUCUGUCAAAUCAAUUUGGUUCCAGAUAACAUUGAUGCACAAUUUUCAAAUUUUAUUAACAACAUGAUCAAAAAAAUUAAAUCACAAUCAAUAUCCAAAACAGAGUCUGAACGUGUAAUAAACUCCAAACAGCAACAGCAGCAGCAACAACAGCAAUCAUUUCAGCAAUAUCAACAACAGCAACAGCAACAACAAAAGCAACAACAGGAGCAACAAAAAAAUAAACAUUCAAACCUUGGUAAAAGUUUUCACCAUAUUUUAGAUUCAGGCUAUUCCAGCGACAUUUUAUCAGAAUUAAUUCAACAAGAAACAGAAAACGAUAGCUCUGAGCUAUCACAAGAGCUUUCUGAGCAAUCAUCAUCUUCCUCAUCCAACAACCAAAGUAUAUUGCAAAGAAAUGUUUUUGAUAUAAAUAGAACUCAAUUAUUAAAUCAACUAGAUAAAAUGAAGGAUCAUAUAUUUAAGAAAAAGAUUCAAAAAGACGAAGCCAAGCAUCAUUUACCAAUAUCGCAAAUGGGCAAUUAUCACGAAACGAUAAGCAAGCGUGAAACACUAAGAGAUAUUGAUGACGAUAAAAAACCAAACACCCCUUUAUUUGGUAAUCCCUAUAGAAAAGAAAAAGGUCCAAGAUUUGCAAUGUCAAUUGAUGAAGCUGAUGAUACUGGUGGAAGCAAUCCCUUAUUUGAUGGUGACAAAUCAAAACAACCCAAUCAGAAUAAAAGAAGAAGAUUUUCUGGAAGGGCUUAUCCAACUCCAUUAUAUCCACCACAACAACAGCAAUCCCAACCACCAACACCACAACAACAACAAUCCCAACCACAACCUAUAUCGACCCAACCCACAACACCAAUUUCAACUAAAGAUAUUAACAAUCUACCAAUUAAUAGCUCGCCCCCAACAAAUAACUAUCAAAAUAAUAAUAUUACCACACCAACAAACGUUACCACAUCUCCACCAAUUAAUUCAGAACCAAUAUUAAUAACUGGUAGUAUUCCAGCACUUUCAAAUACCGGAGCUUCCACACAGCCACCUAUUCAAGCAUCACCAACCAAUCAUCUAUUACCCACCUCACCACGACCAUCAACAACAAAGACAACCAAUGAACUUUUACCAAAUCCAAGCAUAACUAUACCACCAACCCCAGCAACAAACGGUGCAUCGAAUAUCAAUGGAAAUAUAAAUACAACCCCAUUAACACCAAAAACAUCACCAUUAUCUCCAAUUUUCUUCGAAGUAUCUCAAAAUGAAAACAAUAUGAAUAUUAUUAAAUUUUGUACAUAA